UGCACUUCCGCCUGCAUGGCCCUGCUGCCGCGGGCGCUGGGCGCGAGCGCGGGCACGAGCUGGCUGCGGGCGGCGCGCGCCCUCCCCGGCUUCCCGCUGGUGCAGCGCCGGGCCGCCCUCGCACUCGCCCUAGCCCGCGCCAUGGCCUGCAGGCAGGAGCCGCAGCCGCAGGGCCCGCCGCCCGCCGCCGGCGCCGUGGCCUCCUACGACUACCUGGUGAUCGGGGGCGGCUCGGGCGGGCUGGCCAGCGCGCGCCGGGCGGCAGAGCUGGGCGCCAGGGCCGCCGUGGUGGAGAGCCACAAGCUGGGCGGCACUUGCGUGAAUGUCGGAUGUGUACCCAAAAAGGUUAUGUGGAACACAGCUGUCCACUCUGAAUUCAUUCACGAUCAUGUUGACUAUGGUUUUCAAAGUUGCGAGAGUAAAUUUAAUUGGCGUGUUAUAAAGGAAAAGCGAGAUGCCUAUGUGAGCCGUCUGAACACGGUCUAUCAAAAUAAUCUAACCAAGUCCCAUAUAGAAAUCAUCCGUGGCCAUGCGGCAUUCACGUCUGAUCCCAGGCCCACGGUAGAGGUCAGUGGGAAGAAAUACACUGCUCCACACAUCCUGAUUGCCACAGGUGGCAUGCCCUCACGUCCUCAGGAGAGCGAGAUCCCCGGUGCCAGCCUAGGAAUAACCAGUGAUGGAUUCUUUGAAUUGGAAGAAUUGCCUCGCCGCAGUGUCAUUGUUGGUGCGGGUUACAUUGCUGUGGAGAUAGCUGGGAUCCUUUCAGCUCUGGGUUCUAAGACAUCGCUAAUGAUACGGCAUGAUAAGGUACUUAGAAAUUUUGAUUCAAUGAUCAGUUCAAACUGCACUGAAGAGCUGGAGAAUGCUGGCAUAGAGGUCCUGAAGUACUCACAGUUAGCACGUUUUAUUUGCCAACAGGUCAAAGAAGUUAAAAAGACUUCCUCAGGCCUGGAUGUCUGCAUGAUUACUUCAGUUCCCGGUAGGAAACCCACCUUGACCAUGAUUCCAGAUGUUGACUGCCUGCUCUGGGCCAUUGGGCGGGACCCAAAUUCCAGGGACCUGAAUUUAAACGCACUGGGGAUCCAAACUGAUGACAAAGGUCAUAUCCUAGUAGAUGAGUUCCAGAAUACCAGUGUCAAAGGUGUCUACGCAGUGGGGGACGUGUGUGGAAAAGCUCUUCUCACUCCAGUUGCAAUAGCUGCUGGCCGAAAGCUUGCCCAUAGACUUUUUGAAUGCAAAGAAGAUUCGAAAUUAGACUAUGACAACAUCCCCACGGUGGUCUUCAGCCACCCCCCUAUUGGGACAGUGGGCCUCACGGAAGAUGAGGCCAUUUAUAAAUAUGGAAAGGAAAAUGUGAAGACCUAUUCGACCUCCUUUACCCCAAUGUAUCAUGCAGUUACCAAAAGGAAAACAAAAUGUGUGAUGAAAAUGGUUUGUGCCAACAAAGAGGAAAAGGUGGUUGGGAUCCAUAUGCAAGGAAUUGGGUGUGAUGAAAUGCUGCAGGGUUUUGCUGUGGCAGUGAAAAUGGGAGCCACAAAAGCCGACUUUGAUAAUACGGUUGCUAUUCACCCUACCUCUGCAGAAGAACUGGUCACACUUCGUUGAGAACCCAGAGGCAGCUGGACCAGUAGACCUUCUGAUAUGAACCAAAUAAUCACGUUUACUUACGUUCUCGUUUUAUGUAUUUUAUUGUAAUCAGAAUCUUCUGAUGGUGGAAAUGUUCAGUAAAUAAUAGAACUUAUUUAUGUAAUCGGAAAUUUGUUUUGUGUUCCAAGAUUGAUUUUCAUUUGAUCGCAUCUCACAAUAAUUAAUAUUUUUCAGUUUUUUAUGAACAGCUCUGUACUGCCUGGUUUUUUGUUUUGUUCUGUUUUCUUUUUGUUUCAGCCUCCUCCCAAGUAUAUAACUAUGUGAAGUACAGUUAAUUAAUGUACUUGAAUGAAUAUAGCUUGCUAAUUUUUAUAGAGGAAGAUGACAGGAGCUCUUCACAUUUAAAUAAUAUGAGUGCAGAGAGUCAUUUUAUUCUAUUUUUUUUAAGCCAGUACUGUGCUCUAUGUAUUGCACAGCUGCUUCAAGGAUGUGACCUGUCUCUGAAAGCAUAGAACGUGACAGGCCUGCCUCCCUUAUUUUAUUCUUUCUUUUGUGUUAAAUGACUAAGAAUUGUUUGUGUUACUUUCAUGAGAUGAAGUAUACCACACUUGGGAAAGAUUUGAGGAAGCUGGUUACAUAAGUGAGGGACAUUUUAGAAGUGAUUCCUGCUUUCAGGAGAGGGACUCAACUGCUUCCAAAGUCCCUUGCUCUGUUAAGAAUUCAUAGUUUGAUGAAUGGUUUCAAUUUGUGUGUGUGUUCCUGUCAUUUUACUUUUCUGAAAACUAUUUCCCCAAAUUUGAAAAUAAAAUCACAGCCUUUUCUUCUUA